AUGUCCGAAGGGCAGGAAGUGUUGGCUGACGAUACUCGUCCUGAACACGAAGGCGAAGCGCAACUCGAUGCAAGCUGGACUACGCUAUUUUGCUUCACUUCACGGAAGCAUGCUCUCAUAGUCGCGUUCGCAUCCACAUUCACCCUUUUUGCCGGCCUAGUCAUCCCUGCCUUCGCGAUCUAUCUCGGGAAGUUGUUCGAUUCGUUCACAAAGUUCGGCUCUGAAGCUAUUUCCGGAUCCCAGUUGCUCGCAAGGGUAUCCAACGACGGUCUUAUACUUCUAGGAUUAGGCGUUGUAGGUUGGUGUCUCAAUGGAGGUUACUUCUUUUUUUGGGUUGUAUUUGCGGAGCUACAGGCAAGAAGCGCUCGCAAGAAGCUUUUUCGUGCGUUACUGAGCCAAGAGCUUCGAUGGUUCGACAUGAGGAAAGAAGGAGUCGGAGCAUUUUUAUCGCACACACAAAAACAGAUUCGAGAAUUACAGAUCGCUACAUCUCAGCCUCUCGGUUUUACACUGCAACAUUUAGUCCGAACUGUCGCAGCGCUAGAACUUGCCUUCUAUACUUCAUGGAAGGUCGCUCUAGUAACUCUGGCCGCAGUACCAUUCUCUUCUGCGUUGAUCACCUUUCUCUCCUCCAGGAUGAAACCUAUCAUCGAAGCGCAGCAGUCUAAGCUCACUGAUGCUUCCAAGUUGUCUUACGAUGCUUUUACUGCUGUCGAAGUCGUAAAGUGUUUCAACGGGCAAUUUCCCACGUACUCGCGAUUUAUUUCGUGCAUCAGAGAAGCCGCACGCUGCUACUUGAGGCUAGCACUUCUAACUUCGCUUCAGAUAGGUGUCACCCGGCUCAUGGCGUUUGGAAUGUUCGUCCAAGGUUUCUGGUACGGGAGCUCGUUGGUAGACUCGGGACAACUCUCUUCAGGCGAUGUCCUAAGAACCUUCUGGGCUUGUUUGGCGGCUAUACAGUCCAUAGAACAGAUCGUGAACCACCUUCCUGCCUUGGAAAGGGGUAAAAUCGCGGGAGCUACUUUGAAGUCUUAUUUGCACUGUUCUGACCCGGAAGAAUUUCCAGUCGCGGACGGAGACUGGCAUUCUACUCCCUGCAGAGGGGACAUUGAAGUGAGAGAUGUUUCUUUUGCUUAUCCAUCCCAACCCAAGAGGCUCGUGCUCAGCUCUACAAAUAUCUUCUUCCCAGCUGGAAAGACGACAUUCAUUAUCGGGCGAAGCGGAUCUGGAAAAAGCACUCUUGCUAACCUACUUUUACGAUUUUACUCGUCUUACUCAGGUGAAAUUCUCAUUGAUGGGAACCCAAUACAGACGAUAGAUGCCCUUUGGAUCCGGAAUAACAUUACACUCGUUCAACAACAAAGCUUUCUUUUCAACGAAACCCUUUCGCAGAAUAUUCUAUUCGGUAGCAACGACCGGGAAAAUGUCACAAGGCAACAAAUUGAGGCUUGUAUUGAAACUGCAAAACUUCAGGACGUGAUCAGCCAUUUACCUAAGGGAUUGGAAACAGUUGUCGGUGUAGGCGGCAAUUUCCUUAGCGGGGGUCAGAAACAGAGGGUCGCUAUUGCGAGAGCCAGAAUGAAAGAUAGCCCGAUUCUCAUCCUGGACGAGUGUACAAGCGCACUCGAUUACCGGAAUCGGAUUGCAGUGAUGGACGCCAUCCGUACUUGGCGGAAAGGGAAGACCACGAUUAUAAUCACCCAUGAUACGACACAAAUUCUUGGGGACGACUUCGCUUACGUCCUAGAACGAGGACGUGUGGUCGCUUCAGGUUACAAAAAGGAUUUAAUAGGAAGUUGCAGCCUUUUCUCUGAUGAAAGAGAUGGUUUGUCAAACUCGGGAAUCAGUGAUUCAAAAUUGCCAGAGGCUCCUUCAGUUGAUGGUUUUCUUGAACUCUCUGAUAACGACUCUGAUACUUCAUCGGAUGCGUCAUUCGAAGAGACGACAUCUCUUCAAACAGCAUACAUUGACGGGUUCUCUAUUCCCCAUUACAACGAUGAACAGGCUUCCAGCCAUUCAAAUUUCCAAUAUGAACACAUAAGUGCGCCUCCAAUAAGUCACAAGCCAGCCAUAGGCCGUCACAAGCCUCCUAUUGAGCCAGUCAAACACGUCAUCAACGGCGAUGUGGAACAGAUCCCCGUGCGUCCGAUAUCAUCGCUUCUCAGGAUUCUUCUUACCAUUCCAUCAUUCCUGACUUUGAAACAACGCACAAUACUUGUGCUUUCGUUAAUUUUCGCCAUUCUGCAUGCUAGUGCAACUCCAAUUUUCUCGUACCUACUGUCACAGCUCUUCGAAGCAUUCUAUGCAGCAGGGAACCGUGCGAAUCUGGCAAGGAGAUGGUCUUUGUCAGUUUUAGGUCUUGCCGUGGGUGAUGCGAUUGUAUCGUUUAUUAUGCACUAUCUCCUGGAAUACUGUGGCCAGGUCUGGAUGGAUUCACUCCGGAAUGAAGCCAUGAGGAGGAUCCUCGAUCAACCACGUUCCUGGUUCGAGGAGGAGGAAAAUAAGCCUCUCCAUCUGACGGCUUGCUUGGACCAAAAUGCUGAGGAGAUUCGAAAUCUUGUUGGUAGGUUUGCUGGCUCCGCACUGGUUGCUGCCGUGACUAUAAUCAUGGCCGUUGUGUGGAGUUUCUUCAUCUGUUGGAAACUGACGCUGGUCAGCCUCGCAUGCGGUCCAGUUAUGUAUGCCAUCACAAGGGGAUUGGAGAGCGUGAACAGAAAAUGGGAAUCUCAGAGCAACGAUAUCAACGAGACAGUUGCUUCCAUUUUUUCUGAGACGUUUUCUGAUAUCCGUACUGUGAGAGCCUUCGCGCUCGAGUCAUACUUUCAUUCGAAGCACUCUGGGAUCUUGAGGAAGGCAAUGAUUGUGGCGCUGAAGCGUGCUGCAUAUUCCGGGAUAUUCUUCGGUCUUGUUGAAUCGGCAAUCAUCUUUGCAAGCGCGUUGCUCUUUUACUACGGAGCAGUCCUGACAUCGUCAGGAGAAUUCGCUGCAACGGAUACUAUAUCCGUAUUCGCAAUGAUUCUAUUCAGCAUUGGUUAUGCGAACACUGUUAUAUCCUGGAUUCCUCAAAUUAACUCAGCCUGUGAUACUGCGACCCGUCUUCUGCGCCUUUCUCGCCUACCCUUCGCGUCAUCACACGAGCACGUUGGUAAACUGCGAGUCUUCGAGCCAGUUCCGGUGCAGUUCACCAACCUCAAAUUUCGAUAUCCUCGACGUCCAGAAGCUCUAGUUCUCCGAAACUUCUCCCUCACUAUCCCAGCAAAUUCAUGCACUGCCAUCGUCGGAUGCUCCGGAUCGGGAAAGUCUACCAUAGCAUCUUUACUGCUGGGUCUCUAUCCUUCGUCGUCGUCUCUCAGCGGACCACCAGCCAUCACCCUUGGAGGAAUGGAUAUUUGGCAACUACAUAUUCCCACCCUGCGAUCCCUGAUUGCUCUUGUGCCCCAGCAUCCUAGAUUAUUUGCUGAUACCAUCAGAGCCAACAUCGCCUACGGGCUCAACCCAUGCUCCCGACUCAACUCGAUGAAGAACAUUCGGGCUGCUGCGCAAGCGGUCGGAAUCGACGAAUUUAUCUGUUCGCUUCCUGAAGGCUAUUCCACUCUGGUAGGAGACGGGGGUCUCGGACUCUCUGGUGGACAAACGCAGAGACUGGUGAUCGCACGGGCACUCGUUCGCCAGCCAAGAAUCCUGAUUCUCGAUGAAGCCACCUCCAAUCUCGACGGAGAGAGUGCUGAAAUCAUCCGUCGAUCAAUCCAGAAGCUGGUAGCGGCCCGAAAAGGCCUGACGGUGAUUCUGAUCACGCAUGCGAAAGAGAUAAUGGAAAUGGCGGAUAACGUCGUCGUCAUUGACGGUGGAUCGGUCGCGGAACAGGGCCCGUAUCAUGAUCUCAUGCAGCGUCCUGGAGGCAAAUUGAAAGAGAUGCUCGCUGGGCGGCAAGAUGAAUUAAUUUGA